AAAACUCCCUCUGGUUUCAGUCUCUUCGCUUGGACCUGGAGGAUUCAUGGCUCUUCUUUCUGUCGUCCUUAAACCCAAAUGCUCAAUCAAAAGGUCCUCUUUGUCUCUAUCUUUUGGCUUAUUCGCCAACAUAUCCUCUUCCCUCUUCUCUACACUCUGCAGAGGCCACCCCUUCUCACCACCACCCCCGCCAGCCUCACCUCCGCCAGUCCCAAAGAAAGUCCCUUUCACAGUCUCAGUUCAUGGGAGAUCGUGGCAAGACCCCUACCACUGGAUGUCCAACACCAACGACCCUGAUCUCUCUGAGUAUCUUAACAAAGAAAACGCAUAUUCUGAAGCUUUCAUGGCUGACACUGGCAACCUGCAACGCACUCUUUUCUCUGAGAUGACACGUCGGAUGCCCACCAAGAUUUCCACUCCUCCUGAGCGCUGGGGACCCUGGUUGUAUUACCAAUACAUUCCAGAGGGGAAGGAAUACCCGGUUCUCUGUAGAAGAUUAGAAGUUGAAAAACUUAAUUGGGUUAAGACUUUUCUCCGCUAUGCAAAAGGAGAAUUUGGAAUUGGAAGGGAGGAAAUUUUGCUUGACUGGAAUGAAAUUGCAGAGCAAUAUGGUUAUGUGCAUGUUGGUACAUGUCGAAUUUCACCAGACCACCAUUAUCUAGCUUACACACUAGAUACUAAGGGUAAUGAACGAUUCAUGCUUCAAAUUAAGGACCUAAGAAGUGGAUGUAUUAUCCCCAAUGUACGAGUUGAUGAUGUUGUUAGCUUGGCAUGGGCCCAAGAUGGGAGAACUCUGUUCUUUACACUAUCAGAUGAGACUCAACGACCUUACAGAGUAUGCUGCGCAAAACUAGGAUCUGAUGAUAUUGAAAAUAUCUCUGUAUUUACAGAAAGUAAUCCCAGCUUCUGUGUGGAUAUAGCAAGCACAAAAGAUGGCAAGUUUAUAACUGUCAAUUCAAACUCAAGGACUUCAUCUGAGGUUUAUUUGAUAGAUGCUGCCAACCCAUUAGAUGGUUUGCAGAAAGUUUGGAAGCGUGUUUCUGGUGUACAGUUUUUUCUGGAACAUCACCACGGAUUAUUUUAUGUUCUUACAAAUGCUCCUUUGAGUGAAAGUAAAAAGUGGUCUGGUGAAGGUUAUUACCUAGCUAGCUGCCGUCUUCAAGAUCUAUUAUCAUCUAAUUGGCAGAAUAUCUUCCUUCCAAGUAAAGAUUUUAGCAUACAAGAUAUGGACAUGUUUGAUGGACAUCUGGUCCUUUCUCUCAGUAAGAAGGGUUCUUCUAUGUUUUGUUCCAUUGAUUUGCCUAUCGAUGUUGAUUGUAAGCACCUUUUGGAGCCUGAAGAUCUUAAUGCAUGGUUUUUCCCUAUGCCCCCAAAUUCAUGUACUGUUGUUUCAGGUUCGAACCAUGAUUUCCAGAAAUCAGUAUACCGUGCUGUGCUUUCGUCUCCUGUGAUGCCUGAUGUAGUUGUUGACUACGACAUGUCAAGCAGGAGAUUCUCAAUUGUGCAGCAAGAGGAAGUAAUACAUUUUUGUGAUAGAACAGGCCCACCAACUAAUCAGCUAGAUAUGAAUCAAACUUUUGACACACAAUAUGAGAAGGAAGAAGAUGUGCAGAUAAGUGAAUGGCAGAGAUGGAAGGAUUAUUCUGAUACAUAUUGUUGUGAGAGGAGGGUAGUUAUUUCCCAUGAUGGUGUUAGAGUUCCUUUGACCAUAUUGUACUCUCAUACAACCUGGCAUAAGGAUCAGUCGCCUGGCCUUCUACAAGGCUAUGGAGCAUAUGGGGAGGUUUUAUAUGAAAGCUGGUGUGCAGAGCACAUGAGUUUACUUGAUCGGGGAUGGGUUGUGGCAUUUGCUGAUGUGAGGGGUGGUGGUGGAGAUUCUUCAUGGCAUAAAUCUGGCAGUGGGUCGUAUAAAUUGAAUUCAGUCUAUGAUUUUGUAUCAUGCGCAAACUACCUGAUUAAAGAGGGCUAUGUACAUAAAGAUCGGCUUGGUGCUAUUGGACAUAGUGCUGGAGGUCUUCUUGUCGGGGCAACUAUCAAUAUGUACCCAGACCUCUUUUGUGCUGCUAUUUUGAAGGUUCCAUUUCUUGAUAUAUGCAACACUUUAAUGGAUCCGAGUUUGCCUCUCACCAUUCUGGAUUAUGAAGAAUUUGGAAAUCCUCAAAUACAGUCCGCAUUUGAGCAUAUCUUCAGUUAUUCACCUUAUGAUAACAUUUCUCAAGGCAGUUGUUACCCUUCAAUGCUUGUUACAGCGUCUCUUCAUGACUCAAGGGUUGGGUUUUGGGAAGCUGCCAAAUGGGUGGCCAAAGUUCGAGAUGGUACAUGUUCUGGUUGUUCUAGUUCAGUCAUUCUGAAGACAAAUAUGGCUGGAGGGCAUUUUGGCGAAGGUGGACGGUAUCGUCAGUGUGAGGUAGCUGCUUAUGAUUAUGCGUUUCUAAUCAAAGCUAUGGGGAUGCUGAAGACUGAAAAACAAGACAUGCAAUGUACUGUGGUCACAAAAGAAUCAAAGAAUCAUAGCUACAAUGAAGUUGCUAGGAGAUCCACUUCCUUCUCGUCUACAGUAAAGGACUGAAGCUAGAUUGAUAAGCUUUUCUGAGUUAAGGCAUCCCCAUUUUCUUCUUGACCAGCGCCGCAGGACCAAGGUGGCAUCUGAUUUGCACAUCCAAGCAGAACCAUGAAAUCAUAUUUGGAAGUGUUAUUUGAUUUAGUAUUGGCUAAGGAUCAGUGAGCAAUUUCUGUACUAACACAAGAAUGCACUUUUAAGUUUAGACUGCUUAAA